AUACCCAGUGUAAGUCUGUGGUGGUCUGUGUGACAGCAGGACGUUUUUAUUUGGCCCUCCCCGGAUCCACCGCCGGCCUUCUGGAUCUCUAAGAAGCUUCUUCAGAAGGUCUCCAGCCCCGUGUUCCCUCUGCCUGCCUGGUGUUCACACACAACUGGAGGUUGUCUCACACACACACCACCACUGGCUGACCUCACCGUGACCCCUCCUCCCCACGACCACCGCCACACCCCCCUGAGCCCCGCCCUCCUCCUCGGAGCAACUAUGGCGUUGUCUUCCCGCUUAAAGCUGUGGGAGCAGAAGAUAAAGGAGGAGAACAAGCCGGCGGCCGCCACCAUCCCUCCACCGCCGCUGUCCGUCCUGCCUGGAGGCAUCCUGAAGCAACUGGUCAGAGACUCAGAGAAAGAGACCAAACAUAAGGAGCCAGAGGUCAAAGAGGUCAAAGACGAGAGAACACCACACAAACUGAGCGACAACCUGGUGCAGCAGUUCCUGGUCCCGGAUCAGACUCCUCCAAUCCUGGAGGCCGAGAUGGCUCUGCGGGCCGAACAGGUCAGCAACAGCAAACAGAAACGGUCCGACUCCGUCCAGUCGGACGGCGGCCCGCCAUCCCAGCGCCACAUUAUGACUCCGGAGUCCGAUGGUCAGACGCUCUCACCGGAGCCCCCAAAACAAAACCAGCGACAGGAAAAGAAGCAAGAGGUGGUGAGCAGGAAGAAGCUGCAGCCUGAGCCGAACAAAAGGAGGACGGACGACCGGAAGCUGGUGGAGACCAACCAGAACGGGAUUGAGGAGAGACAGGAGCCGGAGGGGAGGCAAGCUGACGCAACCGUACCGGAGCAGAACGGGAAGGAGGUGAGGGACGUGUGGUACGAGGUCGGACCUGUGUGGUUCGUCCACAAGGACGGCUUCACCCGCGCCACUCAGCUGAAGCCGGAUGAAGGAACGCCUGACCUCCCACCGGGUCGGGUCAGAGUCCGGCUGGAGACGGACGGCUCGCUCCACGACGUCACAGAGUUUGAAGUUGAAAAGUGUAACCCGUCAGAGCUGGAUGUGUGUGAGGAUCUGAGCGACCUGCAGUGUGUGAAUGAAAGUGGAGUUCUGCACACACUGACCAGUCGAUCCAAAGCCGGCAUGCCCCUCACUCAUUCUGGACCCAACCUGGUCAGCCUGUGGCCCCCGCUGCAGACCCACAGCAAGACCUUGAAGACGCGGCGGGGGGAGUGUGUGUGGGAUGCCCCCCCUGCUCUGGACGCGCUGGUCAAGCGGGUGUAUCUGUCCAUGGUGGGAACCCGGAGGGACCACAGUGUGUGUGCGUUGGGACGCAGCGGCACGGGGAAGACCACUACCUGCCAGGCGUUCACACACGCUCUGCUGAAGCAGGCCGGAGCAGCCGGACCGAACAUCAGUGUGGAGCGUGUGAGCGCCAUGUUCUCCAUCCUGAGGUCCUUCGGCUGUGUGAGCUCCCUGCACAGCGACGCCUCAUCUCGGUUCGCCACAGUCUUCUCUCUGGACUUUAACCACGCCGGCCAGGUCUCUGCCGGACACCUGCAGACCAUGAUGCUGGAUAAAUGGACAGUGUGUCAGAAAACUCCAGGAGAAAGCAACUUCCUGGUCUUCUCCCAGAUGCUGGCGGGACUCAGCUCAGACAUGAGGACAGAACUGCAGCUGCACCAGCUCCCUGACGCCAACUCUUUUGGUAUCCUUCAUCCCUCCAAGGUUGAAGAAAAGCAGCGAGCGUCUGUCGCCUUCACCAAGCUGCUGGCUGCCAUGGAAACGCUAAGCUUCUCAGCCGGAGAGCAGAAGGCGAUCUGGCACGUUCUGGCCGCCAUUUACCACCUGGGAGCUGCUGGGGCCUGUAAAGUGGGCCGGAGGCAGUUUGUGAACUUUGACAGCGCUCAGGCAGCCAGCAGAAUCCUGGGGUGUGAGGCGGAGGAGCUGGACACGGCCGUCUUCAAGCAUCACCUGCGACAGCUGCUGCAGAAAGCCACUGGAGUCAGCAGAGAGAGGAACGAGGCUGAGGAGGGUCCCCGUCUAACAGCUGCUCAGUGUGUGGAUGGAAUGGCUGGUGGUCUCUAUGAAGAGCUCUUCACCGUCAUAGUCUCACUCAUCAACAGAGCUCUGAGCAGCGAGCAGCUAGCGUUAGCCUCUGUGAUGGUGGUGGACGCCCCGGGCCUCAGGAACCCCCGUCACUCAGCGGAGGAGCGAGGGGCCAGCUGGUCAGAGCUGUGUCACAAUUACCUGCAGGAGCGGCUGCUGGAGCACUACCACUCACACACCUUCACACACACACUGGAGAGAUAUGCACAGGAGAGGAUUCAUGUGGCGUUCAAGUGUCCAGACAGCAGUUCUUCAGAGGUGGUGUCCGCCAUCGAUCAGUCGCCUGCGCAGGUAUGAGAUCCACCACACCGCUUCCUGACACGACUUUUAAGACAGAUUUUGUCCUGAAAAAGAGCAUAUGAUUUUGCAUUUUGCAUGCAUGUAUGUAUGUGUUCCAACUCAAAGUGGCAGCAAUGUGCCAUUUAUAACAAAGCGUAACCCCAUGCUAUGCUAUGCAGAUGCUCUGUCUGCUCUGAUGAAGUGUCAUAUAUUUGGAUUACAGCUGCCUCGUCGUUUUCGAACGUGUGCUGAGCUCCUCUCUUGUCCUUCCUCAGAGGCGUGGUGAAGGCCAUGUUCACCCCCAGGAUCUCCCUGCCCCCUCUGUGCCGUGGCCUGGCCGGGUUGGAGGGAGGCAGCCAGCGCGCCCUGCAGCGGAACGGAAUCAUCCGGAAAACCUUCAGCGGUGGGAUGGCGGCCAUACGCAGACACUCCCAGUGUAUAGCAGUGAAGCUGCAGGCGGAUGCGCUGGUGAACCUGAUCCGCCGAGCCAGGCCGGUGUUCCUGCAGUGUGUCAGCGCAAAAUCGAGCAGCGGUGGUUUGGACGUGCCGGCUCUCAGAGUGCAGCUGCAUUCCACCCAGAUCCUGUCGGCCCUGCAGCUCUACCGCACAGGUUAUCCAGAACACAUGACGCUCAGUGACUUCAGGUGUCACUUCCAGGCUCUCUCUCCUCCGAUUAUGAAGCGUUACGCCUCCAUGUUUGUCAGCCAUGAUGAGAGAAAGGCCGUGGAAGAGCUGCUGGUUGAGCUGGACGUAGAUAAAAACAGCAUCAUGGUCGGAGCCAGCAGGGUGUUUAUGAAGCGAGGUGUGCUGCAAUACCUGGAGCAGCAGAGGGAUCAGCAGGUGACCGGGUGGCUGGUUUACCUGCAGGCCGCCUGCAAGGGACAUCUGGGACGUCAGAAGUACCGCAAACUCAAGGUGCAGCAGAUGGCGGUGAGGUGUCUGCAGAGGAACCUGCGGGUUCUGAAGGCCGUAGCCGAAUGGAGCUGGUGGAAACUUUUCUGCAGGCUGCGUCCUCUGCUCGAUGUGAACAUGGACAACGAAAGGCUGAGAGCCAAGGAGGAUGAGGUGUCGGCUCUGAGGCGCCGCCUGGAGAAGUCUGAGAAGGAGAGGAACGAGCUGAGGCAGACAGCAGACAGCCUGGAGACCAAGGUUACUGCUGUGACAUCGGAGCUAAGCGAUGAGCGUUUCCGAGGCGAUGCAGUGGGUCAGGCUCUGGAUGUGGAGAGGGCAGAGAGGCUUCGACUCAGCCGGGAGAACAAGGACCUGCUGACUCGGCUGGACCAGUGUAAGGUUACUAUGGAAACCCUGGAGAAGCAGCUGGAGGAGGAGAAGCAGAAAGCUCAAGUUGCCGCAAGUCAGAGAGGAGCUCCAAAAGAGGGCGAGCUGGUCAUGCAGCUGGAGUGUUGCCAGACCGAGGUGGAGUUCGUCCGCAGGCGCCUGAAGCAGACGGAGGAGAAGCUGGAGACGGAGAGGCAGAGCAGACAGCAGCUCGACACCAAGGUAGCAACACUGCAGGCCCAGCUGGAGCAGUCUCGGAGGAGCGCGUCGGAGCUGAAACGCCACUGUCGCAGGGUGACCUCUGACCUCCAGGAUGCCAGAGUACUCAGCGAUGCUCUGCAGAGUCGCAUGCACGAACUGGAGCGCAAACAGAGAAGGUUUGACAGUGAGCUGGCCCAGGCUCUGGAGGAGGCCAACAGUGAGAGAGAGCAGAAGGACAAAGCCUUGCAGGAGAACUCAGCUCUGGGUUCUGAAGUGUUCACCCUGCGCCGCAGCCUGCAGGAGAGCCAGGCUGAGAUGAGUCGCCUGCAGAAGCAGAAGGAGGAGUUGUGCGCUCAGAUCAGAGACCUCAGCCUGCCGGUUGACCUGGCCUCGGACUCGGUGCCUGACAUGAAGAAACAGAUCCGCCUCCUGGAGAGCCAGGCCAGCGAGAGAGCCGAGGAGACGAGCAGACUGUCCGCCCAGAUCCAGCAGCAGCAGCAGAUCCACAUGCGGUUCGAGAUAGAGGUGGAGAGGAUGAAGCAGAUGCAUCAGAAGGAGCUGGAGGAUAAAGAAGAAGAGUUGGAGGACGUUCAUAAGUCCUCCCAGAGACGGCUGAAGCAGCUGGAGAUGCAGUUGGAGCAGGAGUACGAGGAGAAGCAGAUGGUGAUUCAUGAGAAACACGACUUGGAGGGACUCAUAGCGACGUUGUGUGAGCAGGUGGGACACAGAGACUUCGAUGUGGAGAGGAAGCUGAGGAGAGACCUGAAGAGAACCCACGCCUUGCUGGCCGACGCCCAGCUGCUCCUCGCCACCCUGGACAGCUCAGGCCAGAACCGUCCCAACGGCAGCAAAGACCAGAUCGAACGCCUGCACUGCCAGCUGGAGGAGAGCGAGGCAAGGCGGCUGGAGGCGGAGAACACGCAGAAAGCCGUUGCCAUGGAGCUGGAGAACGCCCAGUUGGAACUGGAGAAUAUCUGCAGGCAGAAGAGUGUGGUGGAUGAACAGUUGGCGCUGCUGCAGCAUGAGAAGAUGGAUCUGCUGAAGAGGCUGGAGGAAGACCAGGAAGACCUCAACGAGCUGAUGAAGAAACACAAAGCUCUUAUUGCACAAUCCUCCAGUGACAUCUCUCAGAUCAGAGAGCUGCAAGCUGAGCUGGAGGAGGUGAAGAAACAGAGACGCUCGCUCCAAGAGGAGCUUCAGCAGUGCUUGUCCAGGGUGCAGUUCCUGGAGUCGUCCACUGUGGGGCGCAGCAUAGUCAGCAAACAGGAGGCCCGUGUGUGUGACCUGGAAAACAAAUUGGAGUUUCAGAAGGGGCAAGUCAAGAGGUUUGAGGUGCUGGUGCUGCGUCUGAGGGACAGUGUGGUUCGCCUGGGAGAGGAGCUGGAGCAGAGCGCCCAGGCCGAAGCUCGAGAGAAGGAACACGCCCGAUACUACCAGCAGCGGCUGCAGGAGAUGAGGCUGGAGAUGGACGAGCUGAGCCAGAGGGAGCAGGACAGCAGCCGGCGGCGCAUGGAGCUGGAAAUGCAGGUGGAGGAGCUCUCCGCCGUGCGACAGACGUUACAGGCCGACCUGGAGACAUCAAUCCGCCGCAUCGUCGAUCUGCAGGCCGCCCUGGAGGAAGUGGAAUCGAGCGAUGAGAGCGAGACCGAAAGCGUUCAAACUGCAGUGGAGUCCUUCACUCGAAAAAAAGACCUUGACUCUGUGUCCAGCGUCGGCUCUGUUGGCUCAAAGGACGUUGGAGAGGGCAUUCGCUCCCGUAGAGGCGGCUCUCCCUACAGCAGCCAAGAUGGCCGUCAGUCUGUCACUGACACCAUGAGCACCUACAGUUUCCGUUCUUGUUUGGACCCUGACGAUGAGGGCUCUGAAGCCGACGGUGUUGGUGCCACUGGCGGUGCCAGACAUCUCACCCAGGCUCCGUCCUCCUCGGCGCUGUCCAAGCUGCUGGACGGACUCCGGAAACGCAGGGCGAGCACAGAGGUGUCGGACGGGGCUGGCAGCACUGUCUCCCUUCCCAUCUACCAAACCACCGGAGCCUCCACUCUCCGGCGGAGGGCCUCAGGUCUUUCCCUUGGUCCGGCGGACGUCCAGGAGCUCCGGCCUGGCCCUGGCAUCCUGAAACCGCCGUCUCCUCUGCUGCCACGCGCCGCCAGCUCUUGCUCUGUCGCCGACUCAGAGAAGCUCCCUCGCUUCAACUCGAGCAGCUCGGCCUCCUCGCUCCCGUCCCUGCCUCGUCUCUCCUCUCUGUCUUCUUCUCUUGCCGCCCGCCAUCCUCCUCCGUCCCUGUCCAUCCCCGAGGAGGACCACGAUGAGCCCCUGCGCUUGACGGCCACUCCCUUCCAGCGCUCCCCGCAGCCGCUGCGGCGGUGCAUGCUGGAGAGCGUCGCCGCUGCUGCAGACGGAGGCGAGGGGUCCCUGGGGUCAGAACCCAUGGUCUUCCAGAACCGGCGUCUGACUGGCGACUGCGACAACGCUGCGUCAGACAUCCUGCCCGCCAUCCGCAGGGCCCAGUCCACCAGCAGUCUGGCCAGCUCCAUCAGAGGAACCAGGAGGGCGCUGAGCGUCCAUUUCGGAGAGCUGCCCCCAUCCACGCGCAGCAGGAAGAGCUCUGAGACGGAGUCGUCCAGUUCAGGCGGGUCUGGGGGAAGCUCCCAGGGCAGCGGGCCGCGGCGGAGGCUGGAACAACCACAGGGACAGAGACUGGAGGCGGAGGGGAGCGAGGGGGGAGACGUGGCUUCAGUCAUGAAGAAGUACCUAAGGAAGGAGGUCGACUGAUGCAGGCCAGCCUCCUCGUGUGUUGGCUUCCAGCUGUGAGCUUCAAAGAGACUUGCAGACCACAGGAUGCUGAAUGAAAUGCUUUGGAAGUCAACGCUGAUGCUUUUGACUCCUCAUCUGGAUAUUAAAGCCACCGAGAAAGAAAAAAGAAAGCACACUCUCUGUAUUUUCAAAUACGUUCUGUUUGUACAUGAUUAAAAAUGAAUGAAUAAUUUUGGA